GUGUGCGUGGCGGGCAGCAGUGGAUCUUGCCAUGGGAUGGCAAUUGCAUUCUCACCACCAGUGCAUUUGUAGCCAUUCAAACGGCUGUGCGUAGAUUCGGCAGAGCCACCAAGUAUAUGUACGUCCCUGGGGCGAACGGCAGCAUCAAUCAGAAG